AUGCAGAGCUGCUCUGUGGGGAAUUUCCUGGGGAAUUCCUCACUCUUAUAUCAUUACACGUCCCUUUGCUUCAGCAGAUGCAAGCCAAGAUCCACAGAUUUGAUUCUUAGGCACCUGACUGUAGCCAAUUCCUUGGUCAUUCUCUCCAGAGGAGUCCCAGAAACCAUGGCAGCUUUAGGGUUGAAAUAUUUCAACAAUUAUUAUGGAUGCUCCAUUUUUUUGUAUGUUCACAGAGUAGCCAGAGGUAUGUCCAUUUACUCCACCUGCCUCUUGAAUGUCUUACAGGCUAUCAUGAUCCACCCUGGGAACUCCAGGUGGGCAGAGCUUAAAGUGAAAGUUCCAAAGUACAUUGGUCCCUCCAGUAUCCUCUGCUGGGUGCUCCACAUGGUGGUAAAUAUGUUCUUUCCUAUUUAUAUGACUGGUAAAUGGAGAAACAAAAAUAUUACAAAGAAAAGAGCUUUGGGAUAUUGUUCUGCUUCACAGUAUCGUGCCAAGAUCACAGACUUAGUGUAUGUCAUAGUUACAUCUUUCCAUGACAUUUUAUGCUUGGGACUCAUGACCUUGGCCAGCAGCUCCAUGGUCUUCCUCCUUCACAGGCACAGGCAGAGGGUCCAACACAUUGAUAGGAACACGCUCCCCCUGAGACCCUCCCCUGAGUCCAGAGCCACCCAGAGCAUCCUUGUUUUGGUGAGCCCCUUUGUAUCAUUUUAUUCUCUCUCCUCCAUCAUUUAUGUUUACUUGGCUCUCUCUGAUGAGUACAGUUGGUGGCUGAUAACCACUGCUGUACUAAUCACUGCAGGUUUUCCAACUGUUAGUCCUUUUUUUCUCAUGAACCAUGACCCCAGCACAUCCAGGCUCUACUGUGUCUGCUUUGGAAGAAAUACAUAA